UAUAGAGGCAUCACUCGCUCCUGUGGAAAAGUGUUAAAACAGCUUUGUUUACGCGUUUCCGUGUCUGUUGUUUUUUUGUAGGAAACCAAAAGAAAAGGUUUUCUGUGUAUAUUUUAUUAUUUUUUUCCUCCUCCUUUAGAAAGAACAGUUUCGAACUCUUUAGUUAUUCAUAAUGGUCGCUCCUCACGAACCCGAAUUCCAACAAGCCUACAAAGAAAUUAUCAGCUCUGUUGAAGACUCCAAGCUCUUUGAUGCUCAUCCUGAAUUAAAGCGUGUCUUGCCAGUUAUCUCCAUUCCCGAACGCGUUUUGCAAUUCCGCGUUACUUGGGAAGAUGACCAAGGAAACUGCCGUGUCAACACUGGCUAUCGUGUCCAAUUCAACUCUGCUUUGGGUCCUUACAAGGGUGGCCUCCGUUUCCAUCCCUCUGUCAACUUGAGUAUCCUCAAGUUUUUGGGCUUUGAGCAAAUCUUCAAGAACGCUCUUACUGGCCUUCCCAUGGGUGGUGGUAAGGGUGGUUCAGACUUCGAUCCCAAGGGCAAGUCUGAUGCCGAAAUCCGUCGUUUCUCCCAAGCUUUCAUGCGCCAAUUGUACCGUCAUAUUGGACCCCAAACUGAUGUUCCUGCUGGUGACAUCGGUGUUACUGGUUUCGUCGUCAACGCUAUGUUUGGCGAGUACAAGCGUCUCCGUAAUGAGUACUCUGGUAUUUUGACCGGUAAGCACAUGCUCACUGGUGGUAGUAACAUUCGUCCUGAAGCCACCGGUUACGGUGUUGUCUACUAUGUCUGCCAUAUGAUUCAAUAUGCCUCCAAGGGCUCCGACAGCAUUUCCGGCAAGCGUGUUGCCAUUUCUGGUAGCGGCAACGUUGCCCAAUACGCCGCUCUUAAGUGUAUGGAACUCGGUGCCGUUGUCAAGAGUUUGAGUGACUCCAAGGGUACUUUGAUUGCUGCUGGUCCUGAAGGACUUACUCCCGAUAUCAUUUACAAGGUCCAAGAACUUAAGGACAAGCGUCUUGCUAUAGCUGAUUGUAAGGAGCUUAUCAGCAAGCACAAGUACAUUGCUGGUGCUCGCCCUUGGACUCAUGUCGGUGAAGUCGACAUUGCUUUGCCUUGUGCUACUCAAAACGAGGUUAGCGCUGAAGAAGCUGAAGCUUUGAUCAAGGCUGGUUGCCGUUUCGUCGCUGAAGGCUCUAACAUGGGUUCUUCUGCCGAAGCUGUCGAGGUCUUUGAGAAGUCUCGUGCCACUGGUGAAGGUUGCUGGUUGGCUCCUGGUAAGGCUGCUAAUGCUGGUGGUGUCGCUGUUUCCGGUUUGGAAAUGGCCCAAAAUGCCCAAUUCAGCACUUGGUCUCAUGCUGAAGUUGAUGGUCGCUUGGCUGAUAUCAUGAAUUCCAUCUUCUCCCAAUCUACCGAUGCUGCCUCCAAGUACUGUGACUCUGGAAAGAACAACCUUCCUAGUCUUUUCGACGGUGCCAACUUGGCUGGUUUCGUCCGUGUCGCUCGCGCUAUGGAAGCUAUCGCUGACUGGUGGUAAAGUAAUUGUAUGCUAAAAUGAUUGCUAUGAAUAUUCUUAUUUAUGCUAUGAAAAGGAUUAGUUAAGUUGAUCUCCUAAAAUACUAUCCAUAUACGCUCCGGGUUUCCAAUCGCUCGCUACUAACGACUAUACAUUCUCAAUAGUUUGUAUACUUGCACUCUUUUACGUCUCAUUUUUUUGUAUCUAGGAUAAAAUAAUACAUGAAAACUUUUUGGUGCAACUUUAUUCCCAACAAAAAGUUUUACAUUAAAAAUCAAUGCAUUUAUAAGCUUUUCAUAAAUAUUU